AUGGCCAUAGCCAUUACUAGCACUCUUGGUGACAAAUUAUCAGAGCAAAGUUUCUCUUUUGAAAACAACAAUAAUGGUAGUUAUUCUGGUCUUCGUCGAGUUGAUGAUGUAAAAGGACUAACUUCUCUACGAGGAAUAGGCCGUGUUCUAGCACAGAGGACUCGGGCAACAACAUGUGACAAAUACCCUAGGAUUUGCCUUGCGACGGGCAGUCCAGGACCUGAUUGCUGCAGAAAGAGAUGUGUAAAUGUAAUGAGAGAUAGGCUCAACUGCGGAAGAUGUGGUAAGAGGUGUAAGUAUUCCGAAAUUUGCUGUAAGGGUAAGUGUGUGAACCCAAUGUUGGACAAGAAAAACUGUGGAGGUUGCACUAAUAAUUGCAAGAAAGGCAGUUCAUGCCUCUAUGGAAUGUGUAGCUAUGCCAAUUAG